GUUCGAUUGAUGGUUCGAUUUUCAGAAUCUUGCCAACAGCGCCUCUCAACCCUCGAAAGCCCCAAUCCUCAUUUUCAAUUCCACUCUGCUGAAGUGCUGAGCCCAGACCUCCUCGGCAUUCUCCUCCGCCAUCCGCCGGAUAGCAGCUGCCGCCGAGACGCCAUACCAGCGGUCGCUUCCUCCCCUUUUCCCUUCCUCAUAGCCGCCGUUGGCCACGCAGCAGCAGCAGCUCGGAGCAGCAUCCGCCGUGUCGUCGGGCCUCAAUGAUGUCCUCAGUGCAGUGUGAAACAGUCAACUUUGCCCUGCACUCUGCCACUCUCUGUCUGCAUCAUCAAGAAUGGAGCAUCUGCGCUCUGCCUCAGGCAUUUUGAUAACAGUGCAUUUCAAUUCGGUUUGGGUGGUCGCGGAACCUCCUAAUAAAUUAUUUAAGCUUUCUAUAGAAAGAAAAAGGGGAACCUCCUAAUGAUUUUUUCCCACUCCAAUAGCUAAAUUGGUUUGAUUUGGAAGGAACAAUGAUCAGAGUUUUUGACAACAGGAAAAAACCAUUAUCCAAAUGGGUAUUGUUUGCCAAAUUGUACUGUACAAGUGAACCAGUUCAAGAGGUUACAGAUGCAACUAGAAUGGUAUGCAAGACUAUGAUGUCAUGUCCUCCAAUGGCACUGGACACUGCUCUUAAUCAAACUGGUGUUAGAGUUUCACCGGAUUUGGUCCAGAGUGUCCUCAAGAGUUUUGAGAAUGCCGGUAUGUUGUCAUUCCGGUUCUUCGAGUGGGCCGAGAAGCAGAGAAAUUACACACACAACGUCAAGGCAUAUCACUCAAUGAUUGAGUCUUUGGCCAAAAUAAGGCAAUACCAGAUCAUGUGGGAUCUUGUCAAUGCUAUGAGGAAAAAGGGGAUGUUGAAUAUUGAGACUUUCUGUAUCAUCAUGCGAAAGUAUGCCCGAGCUCAGAAGGUAGAUGAGGCCAUUUAUACGUUUAAUGUCAUGGAAAAAUAUGACAUAUCUCCAAAUCUUGCUGCAUUUAACGGUUUACUAAGUGCAUUGUGCAAGUCCAAGAAUGUGAGAAAGGCUCAGGAGAUCUUUGACUCUAUGAAGGAUCGCUUUGUCCCGGACUCAAAAACUUAUAGCAUAUUGCUUGAUGGAUGGGGAAGGGCCCCGAGUCUUCCGAAAGCAAGAGAGGUUUUUAGAGAGAUGGUUUGCAUGGGAUGUGAUCCGGAUAUUGUCACAUAUGGAAUAAUGGUUGACAUUCUUUGCAAAGCCGGAAGAGUUGAUGAAGCUGUAGAGGUAGUAAAGGAAAUGGAUGCUAACAAUUGCGGGGCAACUCCUUUUAUUUAUAGUGUCCUGGUCCACACAUAUGGGGUGGAAAAUCGAAUUGAAGAUGCUAUCAACACAUUCAUAGAGAUGGAAAGCAAGGGAAUCAAGCCAGAUGUUGUGGUGUAUAAUGCAUUGAUUGGUGCUUUCUGUAAAGCAAACAAAUUCAAAAAUGUUCAUCGAGUUUUGCAAGAGAUGGAAUCCAAUGGUGUUGAUCCUAAUUCAAGGACCUGCAAUGUUAUCAUAAGCGGUUUGAUAAGCCAGGGAGAGACUGAUAGAGCUUUUAGGGUCUUCCGCCGGAUGGUUAAGUCUUGUGAACCGGAUGCUGAUACCUAUACAAUGUUGAUAAAAAUGUUUUGCGAGAGAAAUGAACUAGAGAUGGCUAUGAAAAUAUGGAAGUAUAUGAAGUCAAAACGGUUUGUCCCAAGUUUGCACACCUAUUCAGUCCUCAUCAAUGGGUUGUGCCAAAAGGGCAAUGCUAUGAAAGCAUGUGUUUUGAUGGAAGAGAUGAUAGAAAAUGGAAUUCGACCAUCUGGUUCAACAUUUGCCAAGUUAAGACAGUUACUUAUAAAGGAAGGGCGAGAGGAUGUGCUAAAAUUUCUUCAUGAGAAAGUUGAUCUUCUUGUUAAGGAGCCUUUAUUUGAUUAGGCUUUAGCUAAUCUUACAUACUUUACAUUGUAGUGAGCCUUUAUUUAAUCAAUGUAGCUUAUAAAGUUAUAAACUUGUAACUAUCAUUGCCGGUAAAUAAGUAAAGGGCCUUAGAGCUUUA